AUGGGAACUAAGGAAUCGCCAUCGGGGGCGACGAGUGAAGUGGGUGAGACCGAGGACCAAUUCCAAGCUCCACGAUCAUCUUUCUGGGCGACGUUCUCCGAUCAUGGAGUCGAACUACGCGGCGCAGAGCCGGUGCCGGUUGAGAAGAGGACUGAUACCCGAUAUGUCAAUGUGUUAACCGUCUUCGCGACCUCUAUGACGAGCUUGUUGCCAAUCGGAAUUGGCUCCGCAACAACACUCGGCUUCGGUAUAUCGCUAAGAGACGCGGCGUUGAUGAUCGUCUUCCUACAGUUCCUGUUCGCCGCGCCGGCCGCGUACAUCAUCACGAUCGCGCCGUUAACAGGGAUGCGACAAAUGAUCCAAUCGCGUUAUUGUUUCGGUAAAUACUGCAACGUCCUAACCUCCAUAAUCGUAACCCUAACCGUCGGCGGCUUCGCCGUAACCGGCAGCAUAAACGGCGCCCAAUGCCUCGCCGCCGUGCGUCCGGGAACCCUCCCCGUCGAGGGCGCAAUCGCCAUCAUCAUGGUCCUCUCCCUCGCCAUCGGCUUCGCGGGGUACCGCGGUCUGCACCUGUUCACGCGAUGGGCGUGGAUCCCAACGCUAAUCGCCAUCAUCAUCCUCGUCGGCGCCGCGGGCGACCAGCUGCGGCACCAGACGCCCCUGCCGCGCCCCCCCAGCGCGCAGGAGUACCUCGGCAUCGUCGCCUUCGCCGCGGGCAACAUGGUCACCUGGAGCAACGUCGCCGGCGACUACGCGUGCUACAUGCCGCCGUCGGCGCCGCGCCCGCGGCUCGCGCUGUACUGCCUCUUCGGCGUCGCGCUGCCCUUCUCGCUGCUCAUGGUCCUGGGCGCCGCGAUCGGCGGCGCCGUCUUCGCGACCCCGGCUUGGGCGGCUGCGUACGAGGGCGGCGGGAUCGGGGCCGUGAUCGGGACGAUCCUGGUCGCGCGGUUGGGCGAUUUUGGAAGGUUUGUCUUGGUCGUGCUGGGUCUUUCCGUGCUGGGUACUUGUGGAAGGGAUGUUUAUAGUGUGUCUUUUAAUCUUACGGCAGUGCUUCCGGUGCUGCGUAGGGUGCCGCGGAUCGUGCUGUCGGUCGUGGCGACGGCGGUUAUUGUUGCGGUUGCGAUACCUGCUUCGCGAUCGUUCGUCACGUCUGUGGUGGCGUUCCUUAGUAUCAUUGGGUACUAUGCCGGCGCAUCGGUCACCUGCUUCUUGACUGAGUAUUUGUGGUUCCGGAAAGGUGACCCUAGUAGCCUUGACCCGAAGAUUUGGAAUGAUGGUCGAGCUUUGCCAACGGGGUUGAGUGCCUUGGCGUCUGUUCUGAUUGCUUGGGCAUUUAUUAUUCCUUCGAUGCAGGCAGAUUGGUACACUGGACCCAUCGCGGAGAAGACUGGCGAUUUGGGAUUUGAAUUCGCAGUUGUUGUUGCGUUCUUGGCCUAUGUUCCCGUACGGUCGUUGGAGAUCAAGAUCAGGGGUCGUCUUUGA